AUUUCACCUGCAGAGUAUGAAUCAUGUAAAGAAUGACUCUAGUGCUUCAUUGUCACGCAACAACAUUUGUUAGAUGCAUCUCAAUGUCUGUGGUCAUGGAAAUACAUACCUUGGGCCGUCGCAAAGUUGCGUCUUCAAUUCUGAGAUUUGUAUGAUAGGUUUGACUGCCCCGCGGGUGAGUUGGGAAGUAUUCCAGGAAGCUUUCUUCCUGCUAUCUUCCCGUGACAAAAGAAUCAUAGUCACGAACUAGCUAACAUAUCUAUUGCAGUCU